AUGGGUUGCUGUUUGUUCCGCUCCCAAAUUCUUCUUGCCGGCGGCCGGAAACCGGAUGACCCGGAGCAGGACGAUACGUCUCUAUACGAACUAGAUGCGGGCACACAAAUUUAUCUGUUUGAGGCAGAUGACAAUGAGAAAACAAAGGCCAAAGUUUACAAUCACGGCAACCGUUUUGGAUCUUUUCCUCCUCCUCACAGUCACAGUCAUAGUCACGGUGGGGGGAUCAUCAAGGGGGACUGCUGCUACGGUGAACUUCAUCAAGGGAAACCUCAACCAUUGGUGGUUGAGGUUGCUGGGAAGCUGUUUGUUCUCUCUAGUGGUCCGGUAGAUUUCCCUAGUCCAGCUUUUGAGGAGUUUAACUCGAAUAAGGGGAUUUGGACCACUCUGCCGGACCCUCCGCCGUAUACUGGUGACUGUCGUGACUUCUCUUAUGCAAUCGUGGGCACCAAGAUCAUGGUCUCCACCCCAAUAUCUUCGGUGUUCUGCUUUGACGCCGAUGCCCCGAAUCCUGGCCAAUGGUCUGUGUGCUGUGCUGAGCCUUUUCCCUUCGAAGGCAAGGCUUUAGUGUUGGACUUGGAGGAGGAUGAUAAUCGUAAUAAGAUAGUGUUUGGCUAUGAACACAUCCCUGGACAUGGCUAUGAUGUAGUAGCCUACACCAUGUUCAACGAUGAUGAAAAUGGUUAUUGUUAUUGUCAUCGCAUCACCCCUCUACAUCUGCUGACAGAGUUCAGUGAAUUAGUUUUUGGAACAGAUAACACGUUUAGUUUUGUCCAUCUAGGAGGUGGAAAAGUCUGCUUUGUUAUUGCCUAUUCCAUGGCAAGCUUUGAAGGUGAUGAUGAUUAUCCUAUUCUUGGGGAGGAGGAAGUGGAUCUUAUUGUCGUGACAUUCGAAUUUUCCAUUUCCAAGAAGGAUGGUAAUUCUACAAGAUUCUUCUCAACCAAAACUUUGGGUUCGUGUAUCUUUCCUUUCGAUUUUGCUUCAGAAUCUGGUAGCGUCUUCGAGGCCAAACUGCUCGGUUGCUUUGUGCGCUAA